GCAUCCAUGGCCGCGAGUUCCCGUGGUGCGCCUUUGUGCUCGAUCCGAAGACUCUCUCUGUGCGGGCAGAGUUCGAGCGCUACUCGGGCCUGUGUCAGUAGAGGCAGACCGUCGCCGCUGCGGCUACGCUGACCUCCUCUCUGCGCAGACAUUGGCGACACGCUGACGGUCGAAGCCGGCAAGACGCCUGGCGUGACGCUGCUCAACAAAAUGGCCAUGAGCAUCAAGAGCCGCGCGCACAUCAUCUUCAUGGACACUGCGCUGAACGGCGAGGCCGUGGUGCACCACAACGUGUACCAGGCCUUCCUGCUCACCGCCGUCAAGCUGCUGGCCUACCUCAAGGCGCUACGCCAGCCGCCGAGCGAGCGCGCUCGGACGUGUCUGUUCAUUAUCCAGCAGAUCGUCACAUUCUCUCACAGCAUCAUCCGCGCUCGGGCGGACGCUGCGCGCUCACUGCACGCCGGAGCAUCCUGCGGUCUGCGUCUUCACCAUGUCCGCUGGUGAGUGCCAGCAGCGAGCAGCACGCAUGGCCGUGGCUCAUAGUCUCGCAGGCUCGGUCUGCACGCUUUCCGGGCGGUGCUGCGCACACGCGAGGCGCAGUACAAGAG